AACCGGACUCGAGCUCCUCUCAGGAUGAAACCGUGAAAGCGCUAAGAUAAGAAAGCCUCAGAAAGCCAUUAGUUAUUAGUUUUUUUUUAUACUACGUCGGUGGCAAACAAGCAUACGGCGCGCCUGAUGGUAACGCCUGCAACUCCAGAGGAGUUACAUGCGUGUUGCCGACCCUAACACUCCGCAUCCUCGUUGAGCUCUGGCAACCUUACUCACCGGCAGGAACACAACACUAUGAGUAGGGUCUAGUGUUAUUUGGCUGCGGUUUUCUGUGAGGUGGAGGUACUUCCCCAAUUUAUAUUCAUGAACCAAAUAGGAAUAUGAAGUAAUUUAGGAGACGUCUUUCAAGAAAUUCAAGAUACUGCACCAUUGAAGAGGGUUUUAGGGCAUAAAGCUCAGUAUCUGUAGCGCGGUUUUGAGGAGAUUGCGUUCUCUACAACAUUAGGAAGUUUACCAACAUCAGCGAUAACGAAAUCUUUAUCUUAUUGUGUGCCUUUUAUGGGUCUGAUUUUGUAGACAACACUUCGGAUCUACGGAUUAACGUUCCAAAACACGCAAGCGCCCAGUGUUUAACUCCAGAGAUAAGUGACCCCCUUACAAACAAAUUUCUAUGCAGGGGAGGCACUUAACUCUGCAGUUUACUGUACAUAGUGACUUAAAACGGCCAUCCACUCUAUGAGCUUAGUGGUUUAUUGGAUAUUGCAUAGGUAUUACUGACAUCUUGGUACUUUUGGUCUUGUUGCUAACCCUUCCUUAGUUCAUAGGUAUAUGUAUAUAUGUAUAUGGUACCUACCUAUACUGUACCUAGGUACUUAAGUAUCACAUAAUACAAAGAAGAUAAAAUUAACCUGAUUAUAGUAAUUAUAAAUACUGCAGGCUAUGCAUGCUUAAAAACAGAUAAUGUCCCUUUAUUAACGUCACAUGUAAUAAUAUAUUUCAGUUUUUUUUUAUAAAACAACAACUAGGUAGCCCAUAACAAAAACAAACGAACACGCAAAUCGGAGUAACAUCGAGUUCCAGUUUCAAGAUAAGAUAACUUAAGAAACUACGUACUUGUUCGGCAUUCCGAUAACAGGGCUAGUGUCCUGUCAAUACGUCAACAUGCUCUCUGCAACAUACAUUUAUUAAAUUCCUAAUACAUAAUAGUGAUUGUGAUACCAAUAUGACGUCAAAGAGUCUUAUGAAGAUGCAAGAGGAAUAGCUAGAUGGAAAUUGAAGCAAGAUCUCAAGACUCAGUUUGGCGUUGGUCACUUCUGUUUUCCGUUGUGCUGUUAAACGUGUGCUUGCCGAACUUGGUGCUGUCGUACGGAGUGGUGCUGCUGCACGCGGUGCAGUUGGGCGUCCCGACGUGGCUCGGGCUCUGUACCCCUGUAACACAUAUCCUCACAUACGGCUUAACACAAUGCUGGUUCCGCGAAGCAGCAGAUUCGUGGGGCGGGCCGAUAGGGUACCGCGCGAUGGCGACGGCGGGACUUUUGCUGAACGUGGCCGGCCUGGUGGCAUGUGGAUUUGUGCCGAUGUAUGUCGUGCCCUUCGUUUACGGCGUUGGAGGAGGCCUCGGCUCAUCACUGAUAUCAGCACAAAUAGAUGCCAUUGUCUUUGAAACCUACGACUCGCAUCUUGGAAUCGUUCGUGGAUUGUGUCUCGUAGGGCAAGCAGUCGGGCAGUCGCUCUUUCCUCAUAUAAUAACCGCCUUGAUAGAUAAUUAUGGAUACUCGUACGCACACAUAGUUCUCGGCGGAAUAAUGCUCCAAACUCUGCCAGCUGUUAUGCUACUCAAAGUAAAUCCUACUGCUGCAAGGCCUGUCUCAUUCUCUAGGUACAGUGAUCUCUCCAAAACGUAUGCAAUCUACAGCAAUGAAGUCGAAAAUGAAUGUUACUCAAAUGAAAUGCAAUUGCACGACAUGGGCAGAAAGUGUUGGAAGAGUCCGUCUGAUGACAACUUGCAUCGGGAGGAGGUGUUGAGGAUUGAUGCCGGCGAGUCGUACACUACGACCACCAUAACACCGCCUAAUAGUCCAGAAGACACGAGAAGGAAUGCCUUUGGGAUCAACAUCCUGCCCGACAUUCUAGAAGAAACCGAAGAGAGCGAAGAAGACGAAGAUGAUCAUAGUAAUAUUAAAGAAACUGAUAUAAAUAAGAAUAAUAAGAGAUAUAGUGCAGCCAUUAAGAGUCUGAGUACAAUAAGUGAUAAUUUAGACGAUUACAUAACGAGACAAGGCAGAAGAGAUUCUGAAAGUGACCGGGAAUGUGAGAAAAACAGAGAAUAUACGGAAUUAGAAGUGACGUACGACAAUGUUUCACCUAUUACGGAUAUACAAAGGGAAAAAAUAAUGAAAUCGUUCAGUUUCCGUUGCGAAUCUGCGUACGCUAGAAUACGAAGAAGGUUUUGGAUGCCCUCGUAUAGAAUGUACAGACUACGCAGGAAACUGCAAUUCACUUUGUACAGUAUCAAUGACACUUUAAUAAAACCUUUGACGAGGUCACUAUCCUCGUGGAGAUUUUAUCCUGCCCUACUUCUAAGCUUUUCUCAUUUAAGUUUGUUAGCGAUAUCGCUGGUGCUUCUGCCAAUGGUCGCCUCCCAUGUUCGUCCUAAGAUCACUAUGACAGAGUCAAAUUUUUUGAUGUCUCUCCAUGGGUUUACUUGGCUUUGUUUCCUGCUCUGUAUGCCAUGGCUCACCGAAACGCCCAAAAGGAAUUUCAAAUACGUCGCAGUGCUCGGGCUUAUUAUAUCUACUCUCGCAUGUUUUGUUUUGGCGGCUUCAAGCACCCACGACAUGUUUUCGGUCGGCUGCGUGGUGGCCGGGCUUGGUUUUGGUGCCAUAAGCUCAUGUUGGGAGGGCGCCGUACAAGACUUCGUCGGAGUCCGAAAAUGGCCAAAACUACGAAGUACUUUAGAAACACUAUCCGCCGUGCUAAUAGUUACAUUAUUUGUGUUUGUAUGUUUAUUCACAGACAUGGAAAGUAAUUUACAACUGUACUUAUUCAUUUUAGGGAUCACACUUUCCGUGGUGACAUUGAUUUGGACAAUCAUAGCCGCUGUGUCAAUUUAUAAUACUACGAUUAAAAUGUGCUUAUUCAACAGGUUUAGAUAGGCGUAAAUUUAAUAAGAAGUUCUUCCUUGCAAUUAACCCCUACUCAUACCUACUGAAUUCUCGUACAAGUGUACUCGCAUAUAAAAAUACUGAAGCAUUGCGUGUGAUAUUUUUAGCAAUAAAUGUAUUGUAUAGUCAUUCUUAUAUUAAAUUAUUUUCAUUGAAAA